AUGACAAGAUUAAGAUCUGGGUUGCUCUUAUUGAUUGCAUCAUUGAUUGCAUAUGCAAAUGUAGCACAUGCCUUGGAAGAAGGCACUAUGCUUUUACCUGUAUGGAACCAUCCUACCGAGGUUGUAGAUGGCGCUCCUGCUCCUCAAGCUACUGCCUGUGCAAAUCCUGGACAAAUUGCUCUGACUUAUAACGAAGGGCCCAGUGAUGUAACUGCCAAGGUGCUGAAUGGAUUAAAGGCUGCUCAAGCCAAGGCCAACUUUUUCGUCAAUGCUACAUGGUUAUAUACUCAACAGUACGCCAUGAUCUUACAACGUGCAUACAACGAUGGCCACUUUAUUGGUAUGACAUACCGUGCUCCUGGAGACACUUCAGAAGGCUUGACUGACGAGCAAAUCAAGACUGAUGUUACCAACACUGCUAAGAUCAUUGAAACCUUGAUUGGCGUCGCACCCAAGUAUGUUCGUCUUCACUAUUCACAACCAGAAGACAUUCGUCUCGAGAACAUUAUUCGCAACAUGGGCUAUACGUUGGUUGCAUACAAUUUGGAUACCAUGGACUACAACUACAAGAACAACCCAGAGGGUAUCUCAAAUUUAUACAAGGAGAUCUUUGCCAAGCAGAUUGAUACCUACGAUUCAAAGGGCUCCUUCAUCUCUGUGCAGUAUGAUAUCCCUGAUACUGGAUCGUGGCAAGCAAUUUAUGAUGUCGUGAGAACCAUCAACGAAGCUGGUUACACCAUGGUGCGUUUGGAUGGCUGUUUGAACGAUAAGCAACCUUACAAGGAGCAUGCUGAUUCAAUGAAGUUUGUAAGCGAUAAGCAUUCGUUGGGUCAGGCAGAUUACAAGUCGGGCCAAGUUAUACCAGAGAAGCUUGCGAAUACUAGUUCUGCCUCAACGGAUGAUGUGUCUGCCGAUGCUAUGGCUGAUGCUGCUGAGGAAGAAGAGGCUAUCAAGAAGGCCACUGGAGCUGCCAGCAUUUUACAUUCAUUUGAAAAGUCAAAUUUAGUUUUUGUAAUAGUAGCUCUGUUUUGUACGUUGGCAUUUUAA